AAGCAAAAUAAAAAACAGAAUACUCAAAAUGUUUAUAAAACAUGCAUGCUUCUACAAUUGCUGCCAAACAUGUAUACACAUACACACGCAUAUUUACAAACAAACAGCAGUGUGCUAACAAAAACAGGAAUAUUAAUAUUCAUGCAUUAUCACUAAAUUAACGAAUUUGUAUGCCAUCAUCAACUCAAGUGUUUUUGUUAAGAUAAUUUCACUAUCAACUCAACAACAACAACGCGCAUAGUUUUUAAUACAUUUUUUCGUGGAAAACCCAAAAAGUGCUCAUCAUUUACGAGUACACAUCCUUAUCGCGCCUGAAACUCUACGCUAAGUAGGAGACAUUUGACACUUCUUGCCACUCAUUUGACACUUUCGAUUGGUGUACAAAUAUCGAAUAGUGUCUAAACACACAUACAUACGCACGUAAAAGUGUGCUGCAUAUUUUUUAAUUUAAACUAAUUUAUUGUAAAAGCGGUGCGCUGCAGGCACCACACUUAGCAUGAAGUUGUCAAAGAGUUUGGAUGAGCUAAUUCUGAGCGCAUCGCGUCUAAGUCUGAAUAAUUUACGUUCGCCGACUCGUAAGAAAACGAAAAAUCAUCUCAAUCGCUACGGAGAUUCUAUGGGUUCACUAGCACAUCGAGCGCUCCUACAAUAUGUGGAAAAUAAUGACCUAUCCGGUUUGCGCGCUAUCUUAGAUAGUCGGCAUUUAUCCGUCGAUGAUCGUGAUGAGAAUGGCACCACUGGACUUAUGGUUGUUGCUGGACGUGGCUUAACUGUUUUUGUGCGCGAAUUCUUGGCACGCGGCGCGGAUGUCCAAGCGGAGGACAAUGACAACUGGACGGCACUUAUAUGCGCGGCCAAAAAUGGUCACUUCGAUAUCGUACAAGUGCUCAUCGAUCACGGCGCCGAUAUUGAGCAUCGUGAUAUGGGCGGUUGGACGGCAUUAAUGUGGGCCGCUUACCGUGGCCACACCGAUCUGGUGCGUUUCUUGCUCGAGAAAGGCGCAGACGUGAAUGUACAUGGCAAUUAUCAUUUGGGUCCACUGCUGUGGGCAGCAGGUCGUGGCUUCAGAGAUAUUGUGGAAUUGCUGGUGCAACGCGGUGCUAAGGUCAAUGUCGGCGACAAGUAUGGCACAACAGCGUUGGUGUGGGCGUGCCGUAAAGGCAAUGCUGAGAUUGUCGAUACGCUACUAAAGGCCGGUGCUAAUGUCGACACAGCGGGCAUGUAUUCGUGGACGCCACUGCUGGUAGCCACCUCAGGCGGACAUACAGACUGUGUUACCUCGCUGCUGGAGAAGAAACCCAAUGUUAAUGCGUUGGAUAAAGAUGGCAUGACCGCGUUGGCGAUUGCGAGUCGUGAGGGCUUCCAGGAAAUAUGCGCGGCUCUUAUCGCCGCUGGCGCCUACAUCAACAUACAAGAUCGUGCCGGCGACACGCCCCUCAUACAUGCCGUCAAGGGUGGUCAUCGCGGCGUUGUUGAAGCGCUGCUUAAGAAGCAUGCUGAUGUCGAUAUACAAGGUAAGGAUCGAAAAACCGCUAUAUACACCGCGGUGGAGAAGGGUCACACGCAUAUCGUAAAGAUACUAUUGUCCACCAAUCCCGAUCUUGAGGCGGCGACUAAAGACGGUGAUACCGCGCUGCUGCGCGCCGUGCGCAAUCGUAAUCUGGAAAUGGUGCAAAUGCUGUUGGAUCGCAAGGCAAAGGUGACGGCGAGCGAUAAGCGCGGUGACACCUGCUUGCACAUUGCUAUGCGCGCGCGUUCUAAAGCGAUUGUGGAGGCAUUGCUGCGCAACCCCAAAAAUAGUCAGCUCUUGUACAGAGCCAAUAAAGCCGGUGAGACGCCAUACAAUAUCGAUACCAUACAUCAAAAAACCAUACUGGGACAGGUGUUUGGCGCGCGUCGUCUCAAUACGAAUGAAGACUCGGAAGGCAUGCUCGGCUAUGAAUUGUACUCUUCCGCUUUGGCUGAUGUAUUGAGUGAACCCACGCUAACCACACCCAUUACGGUCGGUUUGUACGCCAAAUGGGGUAGCGGUAAAAGCUUUCUGCUCAACAAACUGCGCGAUGAGAUGAAUAAUUUCGCGCGCCAGUGGGCGGAACCGCCCAUCAAUACGAGUGGCUUGAUGUUCCUGGUAAAUCUGCACAUUGCGCUAGUGCUAGGCACCGUAGUCGGCAUGUCUUCGUGGUCUGCCAUGUGGGGCGGUAUAGCGGCAGUGCUUUAUUUAGUGUUCACAUACCUCCUGCUUGCCAGUAUUAAUUAUGCCAACAACCAUAUGGACGCCUACUGGGCCUAUUCGGUGCAACAUGGCAUUAUGAAGCGCUUCGGUCGUCUACGUCUCAUAUUACAGGUGGCAUUCUGUCAUCCGCCCGGCGCGCAGGCGGACGCACAAGCGAAGCCGGUGCGUUUUCACUUUGCUGAGGCGAGCAGCGCGUCGCCUACGGGCGAAAGUGCGGUUACACAUAUGUUGGCUGCGCUCUAUGAAGCCAUCGAAUCGCACUAUGGUUGGCUGUCGACACGCUUGUAUCGCGCGUUUCGUCCCAAGGCGUUGAAAGUGACAUCCAGUUGGCGUUGGCGUCGCAUGUGUUGCAUGCCACUUGUGAUCAUUUUCGAGUUAUGUCUGUUAACACUUAUUACGGGUAUUUCGCUCGUGGUGGCGUACUUCACGUACGCUUCGGCCGAGGAAAAAGAAAGUAUACUCGUUUCGAUUUAUGUAAUUUGCGCGAUAUUAGUGACUAUUAUCUGCACGAAUUUACACGGACUGGCGAAGGCAUUCGGUUCGCUAUUCAUUUCACAAGGCCGCCAUUUGCGUCGUUCGGUGCGUCUUAAUGAGGGCGCGCCACUGACUGCAAUGGGCGCCGAGGUGGCGCUCAUGACCGAUAUGGUGAAGUGCCUGGAUGCUUUUACGAAUCAGCAAAGCCGUCUUGUGGGCGUAGUGGACGCAUUGGACUCAUGUGAUACGGAGCGCAUUCUCUGCGUGCUCAACGCCAUACAAACGCUGCUCUCCUCACCGAAUCGUCCAUUUGUUCUGCUCAUCGCUGUCGAUCCGCAUGUGAUUGCCAAAGCAGCAGAGGCUAAUAGCAGACGUCUCUUCACCGAAGGUGGCAUUGGUGGCCACGAUUUCUUGCGCAAUCUGGUGCACUUGCCGGUGUACUUGCAGAAUUCUGGUUUGCGUAAGGUGCAACGCGCUCAAAUGACCGCUAUGCUCUUCAAACGCAACUACAGUGAAUUCCCCAACGAGGAUGGUCCGACGCUGGGACAUUCGGUGUCGGCGCGUCGCUUGUCCAAUGCAUCGGAAAUAAUGUCCAGUCAAGAAAAAUUGCGCACCUCCCAUAAUCCCGGGCGCAGCGGCAAGAAGAUGCGUCUCUCCGAGUCGGUGGCCAGUUCGAUUGGCUCGAAUUUGCAUCGUUUGGGUCAGAAUCCGCAGGGCGUGCUCGAUCUAUCGCGCAUCAUGUUAACCGAUGACUACUUCAGUGAUGUGAAUCCCCGCAGCAUGCGACGUCUCAUGAAUGUCAUCUACAUAACCGUGCGUCUACUGAAAGCAUUCCAAAUAGACUUUAGUUGGUAUCGUUUAAGUUCUUGGAUCAAUUUAACGGAGCAGUGGCCGCUGCGUGCCAGCAUGAUUGUGCUGCAGCACGACAACUUCAUGGACUCAUACGACGAUAAUGUGUCACUGCAAGCAGUCUAUGAAAAAGUGCGUCCGAAAAUCGCUUGCCUACGCGAGGCAGCACCGCUGCUCGAGCUCGAUCGCGAUGAACGCAAAUUGGAUGCAUUCUUGCAGUUGCAUAAAUCGGAUUUGUUAGUGGCGGAUUUGCGCAUAUUUCUGCCUUUCACUAUCAAUCUCGAUCCAUAUUUGAGAAAAGUUUUGAAAGAGGACCAACAAUCGAUCGAAGAUGAAGGCACGCUAAUGCUACAGAAUAAGCCGAGCAUUAAUCCUGCCGUACGCAUACCCCCACCAACACCGACGUAUGUGCCUUCGCCCGCUGCUUAUCCGCCAUAUCAAUUAUUCCACAACGACUAUGAGUUGAGACAUCGAAAUGCCAGUAUAAAUUCGGAGCCGGCUAUGACGCCUCUAAUCGGCUCGCCAAGUGAUUCGUUUGGUGAUGACGUGCUGCAGACAAAACUAUCCGACUUAACGGUGGAAGGUGUCAUCAGCUUGCUGGAGCGCGUCGAUGACUUGCGUCCCGCUUUGCCGAAAUUAUCACCUAUUCUCAAAGAGAAUGCCAUAAACGGGCGCGUAUUGAAAUACUGCGAUACUAACGAUCUGAAAGGGGUGCUCGGUCUUAAUUUUGGCCACUGGGAAUUAUUUAGAUUACUUAUAAACACAUUGCGAGACUGUGAAAAAUUGCAACGUAAAUUCAAGCCAACACCGGCGAUAGCCGAUGUGCCAGCUUCAAACACGACAGCGCCAAAAGACAGUACAGACACGCAUACGCUGGCGCCGAGUCAACCGCAUUCGCGCAAAAACUCAACCACGAGUCAUAUGGAAAAGCAGGUCACGCUGGAGGAGCAAAUGAUUUGCGGCGCUUUGCAAACCCUCAACGAGGAGGCCUUCGAGGAUGUGGCGAGCAGUGAGCGACCCAGCCCAUCGGGUUUGCCUACAGGUGAGAUGUUAGCUGCAGCUGCACAACUGCAAUUAGCGCCCAUACGCGAGUCAUCGGAAUUCGGUUCACCGUCCGAUGACCUCAAAUUUAAUCACUUCCUACAGUAUGCCAACAAUAACAACUACGGCAAUUUUCAUACACAACAACAUAAUCACAGCGACAGCACGCAUUCGCUGCAAAGUAUCGGUAUUGGUGGUGGUGGUGGUGGUGUUAGUGUUGGUGUUGUUGGUAAUAACACUAUCCAUAUGGGUAAUGGAGGCACUGGCGUUUUUAAUAAUGGUAAUAUUGGUGGUGGCGACAUGUAUAAGUUGCGUCAUAGUAUUGUUGGUGAUGCCAGCACCCAAGCUGCCGUACAAUUGUUGGCUAAUCAACAACAACAACAACAUCAGUUAACAGCUGGUGGUCAUGGUCAUCAUCGCAAUCAGCGCCAUCACUCGGUAGGUGAUGAUUUGCUCUAUGAAUCCCUAAUGCCUCAACAACAACAACAACUGCGUUCGCCUAUACAACAACAGCAGCAGCAGCAACAACAACGUAAUACAGUACCAACAGUUGUUGUCAUACCAAAUACAAAUAGUGAUCACGAUAUCAGCGAUACGCCUCUAUAGUAAAGCAAGGCGUUAGAUUUCGAAAAAUAUUUAUUUUCGAAUUGUCGGAACAUUCUUUUAGUAACUAUGCAAUAUUACGGUGCCAGUAACAAAUGCAAUUAUCUAAACUAGUACAUACACGUAUAUAUUGUAUUGUGGUUAUCGGUCACAAACCCUCCCAGAACUGCACCACUAACAGCACACAUAUUGUUGGCACAAUACCGUUCACACACAUAUACACGUACACUCACAGGCACUUGAAGUAUUAACAAAUUUGUGUUAUCAUAAUUGUUUAUGGAGUACGUUUGCGUGGUUACAGCGUCACGGUAUGACUAAGAGCCCGAGAACUUUUAGAUUUUAUCCAAUCUAGUCGAGUUAUAUAAGAAAUGCAGUUUGGAGCGCAAUUCAGCGCAGUAUUAAGCGCCCACUUUGUGUAUUAACCGCUUUAGUUUCGAUUUUUUGACAAAAUAUUAAAUAAAUUUUAAAUACAUUUGACAAAAUUCAUAGCUGAAUUUACCUAGCCAGAGAAUAUAUACAAGUAUAUAGUUUUUUAAUAUAUUUUAUUUGAAAAAAAAAAACAACAAGAAAGUUUUUAAAAACACGUUAAGUCAUAUAAAUUUAAAAAAAAAAUCGAUGUGGAGAAAUAAUGGAACUGAAUAUACUGGACGUCUUUAGUUUCGAAAAUAUGUUUUUAACUGACCUUUUAAAAAACCAUAAUUAGGUUUCAAAAUUUUUGUUUUUUAAAGAAUCA